AAACAAAAAAACCCCAUCUUUUCUUAUCUGCGUUUCGAGGGGUUCCUAACAGAAAAGUCAAAACUCGGUGCUUCUUCCAAAUUCCACAGAAACUCAGAGAGAAGUAGAAGAAAUGGGAGAAGGAGGAGAAGAUCCACAGAAACUGAAGAAAAUAGCAGCGGCAGCAUACGACUACGAGAACGAUCCGAGAUGGGCAGAUUACUGGUCCAACAUCCUCAUUCCUCCUCACAUGGCUUCCCGUUCCGACGUCGUCGACCACUUUAAGCGCAAAUUCUACCAAAAAUACAUCGACCCUGGUCUAGUGGUUGAGCCAAUGACUACCAGCAAUUCAUCCCAACCAGCAAGGCCAUCACCCGCGCAACCUUCAUCUUCGUCGUCCACAACUUCUAAUAACCAGCCAAGACAACGUAACUCUGGACCAGCUAGUAGAACUUCUGGGACGUCAUCAACCCCAGCUUCAAAUCCAACAUCACUUCGAUGGGACCGACAUACUAUACAAUUUUCAGUGAAUGCUUGGGUUUUUGUUGUGGCAGUUCUCGCAGUUUUUCCGCUUACACCUACAAUUCUGUCAAACAGAGCAUAUCGAUUGUCCUUUUUGGGAACUGCAUGUUCUUCCUUAUAUUCAUUAUACUCAUUAUAUGGGAAGCCAAGGGCUUGGAAUUUGCAAGCAGUGCAAGUUUGGUUGCAGUCAGUGAUUGUGACAAAAGAUUUCAUCUACUUCAUUUACUGCCUUACUUUUGUAACUUCCCAUCUUUACCUGAAAUUUGCUUUGAUUCCUGUUUCAUGCCGAGCACUUGAACAUGUCGCGAAAUUCCUGCGACGUAACUUCAGCACAUCUUCUUUGUACAGGAAGUACUUGGAAGAGGCUUGCGUAUGGGUUGAGUCAAACGUAACUACUCUUAGCAUACUGUCUUCACAGGCUGAGAUUGGGCUGGGAUUUCUUCUAGUUGUCUCUCUAUUAUCGUGGCAGCGUAAUAUUAUACAAACAUUCAUGUACUGGCAGCUAUUGAAGCUUAUGUAUCAUGCUCCUGCCACAGCUGGUUACCAUCAGAGUGUGUGGGCUAAGAUUGGGAGGCUUGUAAAUCCUCUUGUUCAACGAUAUGCCCCGUUCAUGAAUACUCCUAUUUCUACUAUUCAGAGAUGGUGGUUCAGGUAGAAGACGUGCUGAACGAUAUACAAGAGUUGUAGUGCAGGAAAUACUUCUUUGGGAUUUUACUUUGUCCUGAAGGAUGAAUAUAUAAACUAGAAUUAUCUAUCUAGUUCCUAAUAAUUGCCUUCGGGGUUACUUACCAAAUUUUCCCAUUUUCACCUAGAGGGAUGUGACAAUACGUUAUUUUCCUCUGUUCAACUCUUUUGUUUUCUUGCUUUAAUCUCGUCCGUCGAAGUAUGAUUUACCUAUACGUAGGUUCUUUUUUACUAUCAACUAUUUAUUUCUGUUUC